UUUGAGUAAAUAAUUCGUGUGCGCGUACGAGAGUCGAGUGUCGACUGUCGAAUCGUCGUUCGUUGUGUUCGGCUGUCGAAUGUUGCGUGUUGUGUGUAUGAAUAAAAAGCUAACGAAUGAAAUCGCAAUUAAUUCUUAUUUAAUUGCUGUUUGAGAGCUGUGUGCAUAAUAUAGUUAAAUAAACCCGAUUUCAAUGCUGUGCAUUCAUUGUUAAUUACAUGCAAUCAGAUGUAUAUUUGUGUAUGAAUAUGUUGUAAGUGCAGCAGCUGCCAAAAAUAAAUAAAAAAAGCGCAUGUGAAAUGCAGAUAAGCAUUUGAGCAGGCACGUUCGUUUUCUGAAUUCCAAAUGAAGUCAUGAGUAGCAGAUUGUAUAAAAAGCAGCAACAACAACAAGAGAAGCAACAGCAAAACAACAAUACAACAAAAAUCGUUGUCGCGUUAUUACAACAAGAAAAGCUGUAAAGAAAAAGUGAAAUUAAGUGCUUAAAAACGCGCAACAGCAGAAGAAGAAGCAGCAGAAAUAUGACAUGGUCGCGUCUCGUUUAUAAAAUAACUCAAAUUAAUUGAAUAUGUUGGCAAAUGAGCAAAACAAAAAUUACGUUAAAAGCCCACAAAUCGAGCACAAAUUAAACGGCUGCUGUUAUUAACAUGGCUGCCGCAUCCGCUGGCCAACAGCUGCAACAGCAACAACACCAGCAGCAGCAGCACAAAUUGAAUAUUGUUGGCAACGCGGAGACAGUUGCUGGCGUGCUUCAGGCCAACGAGUUGCAGCACCAACAACAACUCAACAUGUACAAGCAGCAGCAGCAUCAGCAAAUGUUGCAGCAACAACAGCAGCAGCAGCAGCAACAAUUCUACCAACAACAGCAGCAAACGAAAUUUGUAUCGCGGGUCGUUACAAAUGCCGCAAUGCAACCGCAACAACAACAACAACAACAACAACAGCAACAGCAACAACAACAAAUCUUACCAGCUGGUUUGGUAAAUGGUAGCUCCAACAUGAUGCAAGUUGCAAAUGUUGCUGUGCAACAGCAACAACAACAGCAACAGAGUCAACACAUUUUUGUAUGUCCAGCCAUAAGUCCGCAACUUCAACAGCAACAACAACAACAAUUGCAGCAGCAGCAGCAACAACAAAUCAAACAGCGUCCGGCCCAAAUGAAAUUGCCAGCUAAAUCGGUGGCAUCAACAACUGUUGCUGCGAGCACGCAUUGUAUGCCAGCAACAAUUGCAUCGCGUCAAAUGAGUCAGAACAAUCAGCAACAACAACCACAACAUCAACAUCCAAAUCAGCAGCAGCAGCAGCAACAGCAACAAAUCUAUGCUAAGAAUGCUGUCAAAACGACCAAUAACAAUGCAAAUCUGGCUCCUGGCUGGCGUCGUCUUACCCACAACAAUGAAGUGGCCUAUAUCAGUCCGACGGGCAAAACACUUCGAACUCAAUUGCAAAUUAAGGAUUAUUUGCUGCAACAGGGUACCUGCAAGUGCGGUCUGCCGUGUCCGCUGCGACCGGAAUACUUUUUUGAUUUUAAUGCUCAGGUGCCCAACAUGCCAUUGAAGGUGUUGCCAGGUAAUAGCCAGGAAGCAUCUUCUGCAACUUCCACGCCGUUCUGCUCACAUCAACGGAAUCUGUUCGGAUCUGAGAAAUUGCACAAUACACAGUCUUUUAAAGAUGCAACAGCAGCAACUCCGGCAACAAAUGAUGUGUUUACUACGCUGAUGACAACAGCAGUUGUUACGUCAACAACAUCAACAACCACAACAUCAGCAACAUCAACAGCAACUCUACCAACAACACCUACAAUAAUCGAAUUGGCGAAUCAAGAUGCUGAUUUCCAUAAAUAUGGCAAGCCAAACCAGAAAGUGGCUAAUAGGACAUGCUACACUGGAGCAGUUCCAUCCCUGCCCCUCUCCACAACGGCGACAGUGCAGAGAACUAGUCAAACAACAGGGGACAAGCGAGCUGGAGCUGGAGCUGGAUCUGCUCCAGCUUCAGCUCCAUCUUCAGUUGCCUCUGUAGAGCAUGUGAUAAAAUUGAACUCCGUGCAAGCUUCUAACUCUGCUCCUGCUCCCAAUUUCAAGGAUGAUCCGGCGGGUUAUUUGCAGCAACAAACGACGCUGUUGCACAAUACGCUAAAUGUGGGUUUGGAUGCCAAGUCUGUGGCAGCCACUGUCAGAACAUUGCCCUUGGAGUCGCAGCAACAACAACAACAACAGCAGCGUCACAGGAUUCGUCGUCUGUCGCUCUUUGCCGGUGGCAAGUGGGAACUGGAACCGAGUUCAGCGACGUCCACUAGUGUUGCAUCCCCUCGUUCUCUACACGUCGAUACGGCGGUGGCAUUUGUGCGUCCACAGAAUCCACAAAUCACCAGCAUCACAAUGUUGCCAGCUGCACAGGAGUCGCCAUCAGAAGAAGAGAAGCGUCCCGAGCAGGUGGGCGCCAUUUCCACCAGCCACGAGAGUCCACGACACAGUCUGUCCUCGCCCACGGACUCACUGGACUCCGCCAAGAGCACACCAUCGCCAUCACCCAAGUUGCAGACGCAGUCGCAGCCGGCGCAGCUGCAACUCCAAGUCCAAGCGCCUCAGACAGCCCAAUUGCGUCUGCUGCGACAACAGUGCCAACCAAUUGUCAGGCAACCCAUUGCCUACAAUGGCAAUGGCGGCACCACGCUGACCAGAAGCAUUGUCACCACCACGGCGGGAAUCAGUCGUCCUGGCACCACUCUCAGCAGUGCCAGUUCCACGGUGGCGCAGUUGCAGUCAAUGGCGAGUCCCAGUGGUGGCAACCAGCUCAUCAUGACCUCAUCCGGCCAACUGUUGGUCAUUCCCACGGCCAGCAAGCAGCAAGCGGCGACCUCACAGCCCCAGAGAUCGUCGGCAGGAGGUGGUUAUAUUGUCAGUCAACCGUCGGCUUUGCUCAACACGAGUGGCGCCAAGCUGUUGCACCAUCAUCAUCAGAUCAUCAGCUCGCAGGCCAACCAAAUAAAUCAGAUCAGCCAGGCGGGAACUCAAGCUGUGGCGCCUCCGCAAACCGUUCUACUCAACACGCUGCCCAACGGUGGUUACAUUGUGCAUCACCAGCAGCAGCAGCAACCGCAGCAGCAGCAACACACGACGCCGGAGCAACAACAACAACAGCUGCUGGCGAUGCCACAGCCGGGGGCAACAAUGAUUACCUCACCAGAGGGCAAGCGAAGAGCGCGGAAAAGGAAAAGCUCCGUGUGCAGCACACCACCGCCAAUGAUGACGACGACGACCAUGUGUGGAGCUGGUGGUGCCAGUGGUUCGCCCGCCAAGACGCAUUCGCCGCAGAUCUCGCCAAGCAUACCAAGCCAGGCGCCAGCGUUGUUGCAACAGGCGGCAGCUGCCGCAGCGGCAACAGCAGCGCCUCCUCCGCCACCACCACAGUUCUCACAGCAGUUUCAGCUGAGUCCAGGCAUCCAGGGAAUUGUGGUUAACAAGCCCGCGGCGACAGCGGCGCCACAGCAUCAGCAGCUGCUCCUCCAGAAUGGCCAAAUCCUGCAGCAGGUGAAUCUCAUUGGACAGCAGCUGCUGAUGCCAACUGGCCUGGUCAUGGGCACAACGGAUGCGACGCUGCUGCAGAUCCAAAACAUGCCCACAACCAGUCUGCUGACGCCACAGGGUCCGGUGAUGCUGCGCACUCCGUCGCCGCAGAACAAGCCAUCAUUCAUCUCGCCCAGCGCUGGCGGACAACAAUAUAUCGUGGGUGCCAAUGGUCAGCUCAGUCCAAUUGGCCAGAUCUAUUCGACUCCCAUGGGUCUCGUGAUGCCCACGGCCCAGCAGAAUGGCGCAUCCUUUGUUCAGGCUAGUCCCACGGCCACCAUACAGAUUCAACAGCAACCACAUCCCCAACAGCAGGCGGAGCAGCUGGGUCUGGCCACCAGCUACGUCUCGGAUUCGCACAGCAGUCGCCAGGUGACAGCCGCAAGUCCGCCGGAUACCACAACCUGCAGUCCAAGCAGCCCAGAGCGUCCACCUAGUCAUCGCAGCAGCGGAAGCGGUGACAUGGUGCAGUGCGUCUCCAGUUCAGAGCCGGAUGCGGCGAUUUCACCCCAAAGUGCUGAGAGUCGACUGUCGCCCUCAUCCACGGAUUGCGAGCGGCGUAUCGGCAGCAGCAAUGUAUUUAGCCAGCCCAGCAACAUCUAUAAGCCAACGGAAGCGAAGAUUCGACGCAUUCACAUCACGUCGCAGGCAUCCUCAAGCGAGGGCAACCACGGAGUGGGUCUUUUGGGACAAGAGUCGCCCACAACCACGCAGCUACCGCCUAUUUCGGAUGCACCAGUGGUCAGUGAAGUGAUCCCACAUAAGACACCCACAAAACGCGCUCGCCGUCCACACCGAGCGUUGGUGAGAUGCUCGCCAACAGGUCAACACUUGGCAUUGCUGCCACCCCGAACGUUUGCCAUUGGUGAGCUGAUCUGGGGGCCGGCGCGUGGCCAUCCCGCCUGGCCGGGCAAGAUCGUCAAGAUGCCCGAUGGCGUCUGUACACCAUCGCAACAAUUUGAUCACGUUUGGGUGCAAUGGUUUGGCGGCGGCGGUCGUUCCACCUCCGAGUUAAUACCGGUCAACUCGUUGCAGAGCCUUUCCGAAGGCCUGGAUGCACAUCACAAGGCGCAGAAGGAUACCAGAAAGAGCCGCAAGUUGAACUCGCAACUCGAGCGAGCUAUACAAGAAGCAAUGACUGAGUUGGAUAACAUUUCAGCCUCGUCGGCAAGCACAACAGCAACAGUUGGCAGUCAUCAGCUGCAGCAGCAACAGCAACAGCAGCAGCAGCAACCAACGUCAACCAACAACAAUAGUCAUCAUAUAAAUAGCAAUGGAUUGGUGCGAGGCAAACGAUCGGCGCCGUCAGCUGGACAGGCGAUCUCCAAUUGUGGCAACAUGACACUGACCGCCAGCACAGCGACAGCGGUUACACUGAACGGAAUCUUCAAUCAGCAACAGCAGCAGCGUGCCAAGCCUAUUAGAAUAGCGCCUGCUCCACCCACAUCAAGUGUGUCAACAGCUUCAGCAACGACAACAGCAACAGCAGAGAUCCUUAAGCUGGCCAAAUGACCCGCAAUGUCGGCGUUACCGUCGACAAUAAGCACAGCAAACUAUACGCUCUUUAUUGGGAAUAAGUAGAGGCUUAGUUGGCCUAAAGUACUAUAUGUAAUACUAUAUAUUAAUAUGCAUAUAUACUCAAUACAUAGUCAAGUCAUGUCAGCUCCCACUGUCGCUUUUGGAGUUUGUUGUUCUCUAUAUCCGUUUUCUAUAUCGACUUAUGACUGUGCUUAGUUGCGCCUGUGCGGCGUUGCCACAUCUCUGAAAUAGACAAUAAAACAAUUAAGAAAAUGUUAACGAAAACAAAGUUACAAAGAAAAUGUUUUAAACAAUAAGCGAACCAUAAUUUUUGUUGCUUUUUAAAGCAAAAUUAAGUUGUUUUUGUAUAUACAUAAUUGUAUAAAAGGUCAAAGAGAAUACUUAUUAUUAUUAUUAAAAUUAUAUUAUUAUACAGAUGUAAAUGUUAGGUAUUUAUUUAUUGCAUAUAAUUUAUAGUUUUGCAUAGGUUUUUGUUUUCGUUGCAAUCUAUAUACUAACUUAUUAUUUCUUAACUAGUUAGACUAAGCCGAUUUUUAGCCACUAAGUUAGAGCAGCCAAUUAAUGCAAAUUUUUAACAACUUAUUGCAUUUGGCUUAAUUUAUCAAAA